UUGGAGGACUGCGGUCACCCCCGACCGAAUGACAGAGCUGAUAGGGAUUGACCUUCCCCGGAUUGUUAGACCCAGCCAUUCCUCCCCCGACCUGAGUGUUUCGAGGCACUGGCUAUCCUCCCAGGCCCCUGGCAUUUAUGCCAGACAUAGACAAGGAGAGCUAACGGCUACUCAGGUCGCUAGAUUCACUCUGCUGCUGCUGUUUGCUUCGUCUUUCUGGUCUAACAGAAAAGAGAAGUUUAAUCCCUCUAUACUGAGGAGCUUGGAGGACUUGGCCCACCUCACUGAGUAUGACUGGGCCGGUGCUAUUCUGAGCCGCAUGUACGAUGAUAUGUGCGAUCUGAGUCGGGGCCACUGUAAGGCUCAGUGGGACCUACUAUUUCUGGGAGACUUGGGCCUUUGAGUAUUUUCCCUAUAUCCGCCCUGAGCUGGCCCAUACUGAUCUUGGGCUAGGGUUGGUACCUUUAGCUUGGAGAUGGUACCGAGCUAACUAACAGUCUGUUCUACGCCGGAAGUCUUUGGGGGAUCUGCGGAGCUUCUUCGAUGCUUGUACCAUAGGGCAGGCGAGUGCAUUCCUAAUUUCUCUUGGUUGUGUGAAAAAUAAAAAAGAUUUAUUAACAUAUUUGCUUCUCUUACAUAGGUUGAAGUAGGGGCGAUGGGCAUCCGACUCCAACAUUGGAUUGAGGCGGAUCCCCAUUUCAGGCGAUCAGAGGCUCUGUCUCGGCGGCGGUUUGUCUUAUCCCAUCCUAUUCUGAGACGUUACUACCUGGGUGAGCGAGUGGACUUCCAGGUUAGGGGCUGCGGCUCCGUUCCUCUUCCUCCCCCAAAGGACAUGCGAGCGGGCAAACAGAUGGUUCUUACAGAUGUCCAUACUGAGGGUAUCCCGCACAUGGAAUUGAUCCGGGGUGGAGAUUAUGACGAAUUCUGCCAGGUGUUUCUGAUGCGGCC